ACACACACACACGUGUUUCCAAGAUGUCGACUGACUGUGGUGUUGUGUUUUGAGACGAUACAAACUUAUUUAAAGGCGGUUAACUUAGUCCUGUUUUAAAACGACAUCAAAAGCACAGUAUGGCUCAGAGAAAGAAGUUCACGAAGAAGAGGAGACACCCAAAUAAGCGUGACGGUGGAGACUUCGAGCUGGCCGCCGAGAUCAAAGAUGAUGAUUCCCCUGGGAGGAAUCUGUCACGCUUUCCUUCGGCAUCAGAGUGCUUGUCAGAUGUGGAGCCCGACACUAGGCAGCUGGUCAGAGCCCAAAACAAGAAGAAAAAGAAGUCUGGAGGGUUUCAGUCCAUGGGUCUGAGCUACCCUGUUUAUAAAGGUGUCAUGAAGAAGGGUUACAAAGUCCCAACACCCAUUCAAAGAAAGACCAUCCCUCUGAUUCUGGAUGGAAAGGAUGUUGUUGCUAUGGCAAGGACUGGCAGUGGUAAGACUGCUGCUUUCUUGGUGCCUAUGUUUGAGAAGCUGAAAGCCCCUCAAGCUACAGGAGCCAGAGCCCUCAUCCUGACACCCACCAGAGAGUUGGCUCUACAGACCAUGAAGUUCACUAGAGAGUUGGGAAAAUUUACUGGCCUCAAGACUGCUUUGGUUCUUGGCGGAGACAGAAUGGAGGAUCAGUUUGCUGCUCUCCAUGAAAACCCUGACAUAAUUAUCGGCACUCCUGGUCGCCUGAUGCACGUCAUUAAGGAGAUGAACCUGAAACUGCACAGUGUGGAGUACGUGGUGUUUGAUGAGGCCGACAGGCUGUUUGAGAUGGGUUUUGCUGAGCAGCUUCAGGAGGUCAUCCAGAGGUUUCCAGAAACCAGACAGACACUCUUGUUUUCUGCCACUCUUCCCAAACUCUUGGUGGAAUUUGCCAGAGCUGGGCUGACGGAGCCUGUGCUGAUUCGGUUGGAUGUGGAUUCUAAACUCAGUGAUCAGAUUGCGCUGUCAUUCUUUUACUCGCGCGUGGACGACAAACCUGCACUGCUGCUGCACCUCCUGAGGAACGUGGUGAAGCCUCAGGAGCAGACGGUCGUCUUUGUUGCCACCAAACAUCAUGUAGAGUACGUCAAGGAGCUGCUUUCUUUAGAAGGCAUAGACUGUGCCUUCAUCUAUAGUGCCCUUGAUCAGACUGCCAGAAAGAUCAACAUCGGCAAAUUUGUGCACCGGAAAGCCAUGGUGCUGAUUGUGACUGACGUUGCUGCUCGUGGUAUAGACAUCCCCCUGCUGGACAAUGUAAUCAACUACAACUUCCCCUCCAAGGCCAAGCUUUUCUUGCACAGAGUUGGCCGUGUGGGCCGUGCGGGCCGCAGUGGAAGAACAUACAGCAUGGUUUGCCCAGAUGAAAUGCCUUUGGUGUACGACCUCCACCUCUUCCUUGGAAGGCCUGUUCAGUUCUCCACACUUGAGCACACACAAGAUUCAGAUGGUGUGUUUGGUAGAGUCCCUCAAAGCAUCUUGGAUGAUGAAGGUUCUCAUCUCAUUGCCACCCACGAGAACUCCCUGGAGCUACAGAACCUGCAUCAUGUCUCUGAGAACGCAUACAAGCAAUACCUAAAGUCCAGGCCAAAUCCCUCCCCAGAGUCCAUCAAACGGGUCAAAAACACAGAUCUGAGCAGCAUGGCUGUCCAUCCGUUACUCUGUUCUGGUUUAGAGAACAUGGAGCUAGAACGCAUUCACAUGGUCGAUACGAUUAAGGGCUACAAAUCCAAAGCUACGAUCUUCGAAAUCAACUCCAGCAGUAAGACAUCUGCCAGUGAGGUGAUGCGGACAAAACGCUCCAAGGACAUGAAGAUAGUGGACAAAUUCAGCAGGACGAAGGCGGACCUGGCUGCAGGCAGCAAGCUGUCACUCAAGCCCAUGACCAUCGCUGACGGUGACAGCGAGGAGGAGGAUGAUUUAAAGGGGGUGUUCUCAGAGGUGGUGGGUGGUAAGAGAAGAGUCCCACAAGAAGAUGGAGAAGAACGACCAAAUAAGAAAAGGAAGCAAACGGGCAAGGAUGAGGAGUUUUACAUCCCUUACAGACCUAAAGACUUUGACUCUGAGAGAGGAUUAAGUCUCGGUGGAGAGACUAGUAAUUUUGAGCAGCAGGCCUCCUCAGCUGUCCUCGACCUCAUGGGAGAUGAGGGUGACCGCUUAAACCAGCACAAAAACAUCAUGAGAUGGGACCGUAAGAGGAAGCGAUUUGUGAGAGACACAGGAAAGGAGGACCAGAAGACGAAGAUCAGAACAGAGAGCAACCAGGUCAUUAAUAACAAGAAGAAAAAGAAGAACUUCUAUGAGGAGUGGAAGAAAAACUACAAGAUUGAUGAUGCAGGAUCUGGCUCGGAUGGAGAAACCGGAGGAGGAGCAGCAGGGAGGAGGCCACCAGGAGGUCGUGGUCGUGGCCGUGGUCGCCGAGGCCCGAGCUCCCGCAGCUCCGGUGGACCACAGGUGACGCCCGGUGGCCGCAGGAUACGGUCCGAACUCAAAACCAGCGCACAGAUUCUGAAGCAGCGCAAGAUUAGGGAGAAGCAGGAGUUCCUGCAGGGCGGAGGGAUGAAAAGAAUCCGCUCUAAGGGCAAGCAGUUUCUCGGAGAGGUGAAGAGGUCUGGUUUUGGACGGGGGAGUCAAAAGAAGGGCAAGAUGAAGAAGAGACUGUGAGCGGCACUUAAGAAGUGGUCACUGCCAGGGGCUAAAUGGGGUACCAACAAUGUCUGUAUUAUAUUUUAUUGGUGCUUUGUGAGUUAAUAAAGAAGAAGCUGGUUUGAUGAAA